UUUGUUCAUCAACAUAAUUGUAUCCACAAUUAAAGAAUGUGUUUUAAAAAUAAUUUCAUUCUGGAAAAUUCCAUACGUCUAUGUUUGUUCAAGAAACCGAUGUCUGAUGAUUGGGAUAUCAAAAGUUAAAGUAAAAAGUGCUAGGAUGCUUUUCAAGGAAAAUGAUCUAAAGCCGUUAAAGAAUAACGAAAUCGAUGCAAGUCGCGAGCUUUUGGAUAUCUCCGCAAUCAACAAUCAAGAGAAAGUGAAAUCACUGAUUUUAGGAAAGGAAUUUUCAAAAUUCCUCACUGUACUGCAUCCAAAUGCAUACCUUGCAAUUCCUUGUGGUCCUCUGCUUUGAACUCCUCUCGAUUGUAAAUGCAGAAAUAUUCCAUGUGGUUACUCCUAAAACUCUUCGCCUAGAUACAGAUGAGAGAAUAGCAAUAGCCCUGGAAGGCAGGCGGGAGGCCACGGUGAGCAUGCUCAUCCAGGAUCACCCUGGUAGAGCUAGGAAUAUAUCAUACACUGUUCUAAAUGUAUUUUCAGAUAAACCUGAAUUAUUAAAAAUUCGCUUGAACUCUUCUGCCUUUCCUCCUAACUUUUUAUCCAGCCCGAGUCCGAAAAAACUUGUGCUUCUGACAGUUAAAAGCGAAAAUUUUCUCAAAAAAAUUCCAGUUCCCAUCACUAACGAAGUUGGAUAUGUUUUCCUUCAAACCGAUAAACCAAUCUACAAGCCAAGAGAAAAGGUCUUUGUUCGAAUCAUUUCUCUUAAUGAAGACGGAUUGCCUUCUGAUAAACCAUUCAAACUUCAAAUUAGGGACCCUAUCAACAUUAUCGUUGAUGAAACAAUUUUUAAUAAGAAAUUACAAAGAUUUCCAAGAUCAUUUGUUGAUUUCACCUAUGAAUUCCCAAAUUACCCACGACUUGGAGAAUGGUCAGCUACUGUACUAUAUGGACAUGAGUUGGACCAAAAUACUACUGUGCAUUUUGAAUUACAAGAAUAUGUUUUGCCAACAUUUACCGUCGAUCUCAAAACACCUGAAAUAAUUUUGGAGUCCCAUGACACCAUUUCUUUGUCUGUAUCUGCGAAGUACGUUUAUGGCAGGAAAGUGACAGGUUUAGUGACUUUUCGAGUUGGUAUCAAAAGAGAAAACGCAAGAGUCUUUUUCUUUGGUAUUAUAGGACCUACACAGUUGAGAGAGGGGUUCCACCAGACAAUAUUAAGGACGGACGACUUUGUGCAUCACAAGGAUAUUGGCUGGUUCCCUGGAAUCGAAGGCUCCUACUUGGUUGUUGAAGCAAGAGUUAUGGAUAAUGCGACUGGCAACAGUGAAACAGUAGUAGACGACUCAGGACGCUUUUCCAGUUCCCCUUUUGUCAUAUCCUUCAAUAGAUGUCAUGAAGAUUUCAAACCUGGUCUUAUAUCCAUUUUAGAAGCUGAAGUCAACUACGUCGAAGGCACUCCCGCAGCUGGAAUUCGCACUCAGAUCAAAGCUCUGGCUGAUGACGCCGAACCUCUUGUCAUCUUUCAGCCCACUGCAGUUAGCGAUAAAGAUGGGAAAGUCUUGUUUGAACUUUAUCCGCAAGUGCAUCACAACAACAUUUCUAUCACGGUAGAGACCAUAGAUCCAAGGUAUGAGGCUCAUCAAGCUACGGGUACUUUCGUGCAGCACCGCUUCCAAUCAAAAGAAAACGCUUUCCUUGCUUUGGAGAGAAGCAGUUCCCAAAAAUUAAAAGUCGGUUAUUCCUUCGAUAAAAUUGUUCAGAUUGAACCACCUGCAGUAAAGCACAUCUAUUAUUUGGUCGUAUCAAAAGGAAAAAUCUUGAAAAUAAGCAAAUUGCACGAAGGCAACUACAAAGUUCAGAAAAUUCAAUUUCGCAUCACUCACGAGAUGGUGCCCAGUUUCAGGUUAGUGGUUUGGGCUCAUUACAAUGACGAACUCAUCGCAGAUUCUUUGCGCAUCGAUACUGAGAAUUCCUGCAAUCCAGAGUCCAAAGUAUCCCUUACUCCUGAUUCUGAGUGGGCGGAGCCAGGAAGUUAUAAUGCAUUCAAUAUUAGAGGAAAGCAGAAUACUGUGGUUGGACUUUUUGUUGUGGAUGAAGCUGUGUAUACAAUGUCCAAGAAAGAUUUGCUCACAAAAUCAAAAAUAUUUGAAACAAUGCGCAAACACGAUCAGGGAUGUGGUCCUGGAGGCGGUCUAACAACUGAUGCCGUUCUCGACAAAGCAGGAAUUAUGAUUGCAACGAAUAAAUAUACUCCAAACCAAGGAUCUUCUUCCUGCACCACAAUCAAAAGAGAAAUUGCUGAUGAAAGAGCUUUUUCCCGGGAUGCAAUCAACAGAUACAGAAGAGAUGUUACUGGUGAAAUAAAUUCUUCCAGGGUCUUACACAAAAGACAAGUCUCUAAUGAAACAGAUAGGAAAUCGAAUUCUGAACAAAUAAAUGGAAUGGAAGAGGAAAUAGAGUUUAUUCCUAUAUCGGAGGAAGAAUUAUACGAAGGACCACUCACAGUUCGAGAAAACUUUACAGAAACUUUAAACUGGUAUUUUCAAGAAAACAUCAUAGGGCCGGGCAACAAAGAAAAUGUUGCUUUCAUUUUGCCUCCAAGUAUCACCACAUGGGUCGUUCAGGCAGUGUCUAUAUCUCGAACGCACGGAAUAUGCGUUGCAGAACCUCAAAAAAUAGUAUCUUUCAAGAAAAUAUUUGUGCAGUUAAACCUUCCCUAAUCAAUGGUCAGAAACCAACAGGUGGAAAUUCCUGUUACAGUUUUCAACUAUGGAACAAAGAGACUUAGUGCUGUCGUGUACAUGUACCCAGCGGAAGGUUUAUGCACUGGAAUGAGCGAUGACGGAAAAAGUGAGAGAAAACGACUCAUCAUCGAAAAUAAUUCGGCAGCAACUGUUACGUUUCCAGUCGUACUUCUGAAAACAGGAACGUUCGAUAUAAAAGUAGUGGCUUUAACUGUAGAAGGAGGUGAUGUCAUAGUACAAAAACUGAAUGUAGAAGCUGAAGGUGAUCCUGUCGAAGUGGACAUACCUCUUUGGCUGGAUCCAAGCAACCAAACUGAGAGAUACAGACAACACAUAAUUACUCCAUACUAUGAAGAUUCUAUUGAUCCCGAUAAGAAGUUGCAAGUUUCUGCAAUUAAUUUAACCUUUCCAAAUGAGUCCGUACGGGGUACAGAAAAUUCCACAAUUACAGCAACAGGAUACGAUUUUGGUCCUUUAGCUGAACCAGCAUUUGACGGUAUUGAUGACCUUCUACUUAAGUUCCGCCAUUCCAGUAAGCAUAACCCUAUGAUUUUCGCCACUGUUCUCUACAUUAUGAGGUUCUUGAGAGUUUCAGGGAAGACGAUACCUGAAACAGAAGAAGAAUGGUAUGAAUUCAUCCGCCAAGGCUACAGAAAACAAAUAUCAUUCAGAAAAGAAGAUGGAUCGUAUGCGGCUUAUCCCCAUAGACCGACAAGUACUUGGUUAACAGCCUUCAUUACAAAACUCUUUUGUCAAGCCUCCGAGCUGGUGCAGAUCGAUGAAGAAAUCAUGUGCAGCGGUGUAAGAUGGCUUAUCAAAAAUCAGGAACCCGAUGGAUCAUAUUUAGAGAUGAAUCCUACACACCACUUAGAUAUGAUGCUUGGAGUCGAAGGAAAAGCGCCUCUUACAGCCUUCGUAUUAAUAACAUUAGAAGAAUGUAAAUGCAAAAAUGAGCAUCUUUCCAGGGCGAAGAACCGAUCAGUCUUUUACCUUGAAGACCAUUUAGGAAAUGUGAACGAUACCCUGGCUGCUGCUCUAAUAGCCUAUUCCUUAUCUUUAAGUGAUAGCGCUCUCAGGCAAGCAGCUAACGACGAACUGAUGUCUAUGGCCAAGCGGAACGAAGAUAACAAUUUCGUAUAUUGGAAAUUCGAUAAUCAAGUAGUAGAUAUCGAAGCUACCAGCUACGGUCUUUUAAGCCGAAUUCUCCAAAAUGAUACAGUAACCAGCAACUCUAUAGUAAAUUGGCUCAACACUCAACAUUUACAAUCUGAUACGUUCACUCCCACUCAGGAAAUUGUCAUACGAUUCCAGGCUCUUUCCGAAUAUGCAAUCAAUGCCCGAAGAAGGUCCAUCAAUUUGGUGGCUAAAAUAUCCACCACCAAUAACGAGAAUUUCCGGAAGAUUUUAAGGAUUAACGAAGAAAAUGCUCACGUCCUUCAAAUUAUUGAUGUGAAUACAACUAGUAAAAUGCUACUUGUCAAUACAGUUGGCCAUGGAGCUGCUCAUUUGAGAGUUAAAUUGAGGUAUAAUGUCCUUAGGACUCCAGACAAAAGAUGCGAGUUCGAUGUAUCCGUUAAUGCCACUGUUCUACAAGGACCUGAUCUUUCUAGUAUUAAUCGGACGGCUUUAGUUGUCGAAGGAAUGCUUUUAAGAGGAGCUGAAAGAAUUAAGAGACAAGCUGGUUCUUAUAACAGUGAACUUAUUUGGAAAGUUUCAAUAUGUGCCAGAUAUUUGGGAAAUAAAAAUCUUGGUUUGAGCAUCAUAGAUAUAGGAAUAUUUUCUGGAUUCAUUCCCCAUGACGAAGACCUUAGAAAAUUGCAAGAAGAUCCACAGCAUGAGAUUGAGCGGUAUGAAACUUACAACAAAGGAAUUGUCUUUUACUUGAGGGAGGUUCCCAACGACAAACCCUAUUGCUUUGAAUUCCGUGUGACACAGCUUUAUUAUGCAGAACUAACCCGAAGAAGUUCAGUAAAAAUUUAUGAUUAUUAUAAUCCUGAUGAAGCAUGCACAAUAUUUUACAGUACUUCAAAAAUGAAUCCUAAAUUGUCUUUAUUGUGUGAUGGUUUAAUUUGUCAGUGUGCUGAAGGUGGUUGCCCUCCAAGGAGGCCUUUCGAAAACAUCAAAACAUUCCAAUUAGCCGAGCAAAGAGAGAGACUGAUGAACAUUGCUUGCACAAAUUAUGAUUAUGUUUGGAAAGGAAAAGUAAUGAACGAUGCACAUCUACAAAAUGGAUUUUUUAAUAUUUCUUUCGAAAUCGAUGAUGUUAUUAAAGAAGGCACAGAGAGAACGGAUAUGAUUGAAGGUGAGACGAGGCACUUUUUUAUGCGAGACAACUGUUCGCCUCUGCUAAAAGGUGAAACUUACUUGAUUAUGGGCAAAGAUGGAGAAACGUAUAAAAGUCACCAGGGCAAAUUAAAGCGCAGAUAUUUAUUGGAUCAGAGCUCGGCUGUUCAUCUGUGGACUCCUAUAAGAGCUGCAAGUGAUAAAAUUUUGCAACGUUACUUGAAUGCGGCCAUGAGAAAGCUGAAGACAGAAGGUUGUUUUUAGUAAUUGAAAAUAACAAGAUGGCUCUAGGGAUAUUAUGAUUGCAUUUCAAAAUAUUUUUUAAUUUAACGAAAUGAAGAAAAAAAAUAGU